GCACACUAUUGAUAGUUUGUAUUCAGCAAUCAGAGUGUAUUUGACUUUCAAUUUUCAAUAACAUUUACUGAAUUCAAGUAGUUAAAAAAUAUAUCUACAUAUCAAAAACUAUUUCUUCUCAGUGUUCAAAUCGUCAGUCAAAUUUUUUUUUUAAUCAAAAUAAUUUGAAUUAAACAUAAAAAAAAAAUUAAUAAUUCUUCAGUCAUGACAGAAAUUCAAGAGUUUUACAGUGGUCAAAGUGUAUUUAUCACGGGCGGAACAGGAUUUUUAGGGAAAAUUCUAAUCGAAAAACUCCUUCGUUCAUGUUCAAAGAUAAAAGUUAUUUAUAUUUUAAUCCGUCAAAAAAAAGGAAAACAAAUUCAAGAUCGAAUCAGUGAAAUAAUAAAUUUACAGAUGUUUGAACCUUUAAAAGAAAUAGAUCCCAUGUUUGAGAGAAAAAUUGUACCACUGGCUGGCGAUAUAAUGGAACCUAAUUUUGGACUUGCGUCUGCAGAUUUAGAAUUAAUUAAGAAAGAGGUUUCAAUCAUAUUUCAUGCAGCAGCUACUACAAGAUUUGAUGAACCAUUAAAAAUUGCACUAAAAAUAAAUGUCGAUAGUGUGAAAACUAUGAUUAACAUUUGUAAAGAAUCCAAAAAUUUAAAGUCUUUUGUGUACGUAUCAACAGCAUUUAGUAACUGCAUUUAUGAGCAUGUAGAAGAAAAAGUAUAUCCAGGACCAUUGUCACAUGAAAAACUAACUGAACUUGUUGGUGUCAUGGACCAAUUAAAUAUGUCCAAAAAGGAAGAAAUUGAAUUCACAAAAUUGGUGAUUGGAAAAUUUCCUAAUACAUAUUGUUUUACAAAAUCAAUUGCAGAGGAACUCAUUAGCAAAAGUGCAAAAGAUCUUCCAGUCUCCAUUUACAGAUUUUCAAUUGCAAUGGCAGCUUUAAAAGAACCUUUAGAAGGAUGGGUGGAUGCAAAUCAAGCCCUUAAUCAAACUUUGAUAAAAGUAUGUUUAGGUAUUAUUCGAGUCCAAUGUGUUAAAAAAAACGCAAAUAUGGAAACUGUACCGAUUGAUUUGGCUUGUUCUUGUUUAAUUGCAUCUGCAUGGGAAACAUCAACUAUUAAAAAUAAUAAAGAAAAAAAUAUGCGAGUUUACAACUUCGUUUCCGGUACAGAAAACCCAGUAACUUGGAACCAUUUUAGAGACUAUAUUUCCACUAAUCGAUACAAUUUAGGAAUGAAAGAAACAUUUUACCAUCCUGAAAUUAUGUAUAUUGAAUCUAUUCAUCUAUUUUUUCUUUUGCACUACAUAUUACAUUUCAUUCCAGCUGUUAUAGGAGAUGUAAUUUUAAGAAUAUUAGGUCAAAAACCAAUGUUAUAUAAAGUUUUUAAGAAAGGAACUAAACUGUCAUUAGUCAUAAAAUUCUUCACUAAUGGACAAUGGACAUUUGAUACAGACAAUGUUAAAUCAUUGUGGCGAAAACUUUCUAUAAAUGAUAAGAAAUUAUUUAAUUUUGAUAUCAAAUCUUUUACUUGGGAUGAAAUGAUUAACAGACACUGUGUGGGAACUAAAAAGUACAUUAUGGGAUUGGAAAUAAAUGAAAAAGAAACAGAAUUAGGUGCACGUAAACUAAAAAGAUUAUUCUAUAUUCAUCAAGUAGUUCGAGGAGUAUUCUAUUUCAUGACAGAAAUUCAAGAGUUUUACAGUGGUCAAAGUGUAUUUAUCACAGGAGGGACAGGAUUUUUAGGGAAAAUUCUAAUCGAAAAACUCCUUCGUUCAUGUUCAAAGAUAAAAGUCAUUUAUAUUUUAAUCCGACCAAAAAAAGGAAAACAAAUUCAAGAUCGAAUCAAAGAAAUAAUGAAAAUACAGAUGUUUGCACCUUUAAGAGAAAUAGAUCCAAAUUUUGAAAAAAAAAUUAUACCAAUGCCUGGCGAUAUAAUGGAACCUAAUUUCGGACUUUCUCCUACAAAUUUAGAUUUAAUUAAGAAAGAGGUUUCAAUUAUAUUUCACGCAGCAGCUACUACAAGAUUUGACGAAAAAUUGAAAAUUGCAUUGAAAGUAAAUGUCGAUAGUGUGAAAACUAUGAUUGACAUUUGCAAAGAAUGCAAUAAUUUAAAGUCUUUUGUGUACGUAUCAACAGCAUUUAGUAACUGCAUUUAUGAGCAUGUAGAAGAAAAAUCAUAUCCAGGGCCCUUGUCACAUGAAAAAUUAAUUGAACUUGUUGGUGUCAUGGACCAAUUAAAAAUGUCCAAAACGGAAGAAAUCAAAUUCACAAAAUUGGUGAUUGGCAAAUUUCCUAAUACAUAUUGUUUUACAAAAUCAAUUGCAGAGGAACUCGUUAGUAAAAAUGCAAAAGAUCUUCCAGUUUCAAUUUACAGAUUUUCAAUAGCAAUGGCAACUUUAAAAGAACCUUUAGCGGGUUGGUUGGAUUCAUCACAAGCCCUAACUCAGGCAAUAGCAAGAAUAGGAAUAGGUGUUAUUCGAGUUAUAUGUGCAGAACAAAACGUAAUUAUGGAAACAGUGCCAAUGGAUUUAGCUUGUAAUUGUCUAAUUGCUUCUGCAUGGGAAGCUGCAUCUAAUAAAAUUAGUAAAGAAAAAGAUAUGCGUAUUUAUAAUUACAUCUCAAGUAAAGAUAAUGCCGUAACUUGGGGUUAUUUAAGAAACUAUCUUCGAAAAGAACGAUAUAAUGUAGCAGUCAUGAAAACAGUCUACCAUCCUGAAACUCUGUUUAUUGAAUCAUUGAAAUUAUUUUUUAUCUUUCACUACAUAUUACAUUUCAUUCCAGCAGUUUUAGGAGAUUUAUUUUUAAGAAUAUCAGGAAGAAAGCAAAUUUUUUAUAAAAUGUUUAAAAAAGGAACUAAACUAGUACUAGUUAUAAGAUUCUUUACAAAUGGAAAAUGGAUAUUUGAAACAAAUAAUGUUAAAUCAUUAUGGAAAAAACUUUCUGAAAAGGAUAAAGAAUUAUUUAACUUUGAUAUCACUUCGUUUACUUGGGAUGAAAUGCUAAAAGCUCAAUGUCAUGGAAUUAGAAAAUACUUUUUGAAAAUAAAUAUGAGUGCGGAAGAACAAGAAAAAGCUACCCGUAAAGUAAAAAAAUUAUUCUACAUUCAUCAAGUUUUCCGAUAUAAUAAUUCUUCAGUCAUGUCAGAAAUUCAACAAUUUUACAGUGGUAAAACUGUUUUUAUCACAGGUGGAACAGGAUUUUUGGGAAAAAUUCUUAUUGAAAAACUACUUCGUUCAUGUCCAAACAUAAAAGCUAUUUACAUUUUAGUCAGACAAAAGAAAGGAAAGCAAAUUCAAAAACGCCUAAAGGAAAUGACCACUUCACUGAUGUUUGAACCUUUAAGAGAAAUAGAUCCAAAUUUCGAGAAAAAAAUUAUACCAAUGCCUGGCGAUAUAAUAGAACCUAAUUUUGGACUUGCGUCUGCAGAUUUAGAGUUAAUUAAGAAAGAGGUUUCAAUCAUAUUUCAUGCAGCAGCUACUACAAGAUUUGACGAAAAAUUAAAAAUUGCACUAAAAAUAAAUGUCGAUAGUGUGAAAACUAUGAUUGACAUUUGCAAAGAAUGCAAUAAUUUAAAGUCUUUUGUAUACGUAUCAACAGCAUUUAGUAAUUGCAUUUAUGAGCAUGUAGAAGAAAAAGCAUAUCCAGGGCGCUUAUCACAUGAAAAACUAACUGAACUUGUUGGUGUCAUGGACCAAUUAAAUAUGUCCAAAAAGGAAGAAAUCAAAUUUACCAAAUUGGUGAUUGGCAAAUUUCCUAAUACAUAUUGUUUUACAAAAUCAAUUGCAGAGGAACUCGUUAGCAAAAGUGCAAAAGAUCUUCCAGUCUCUAUUUACAGAUUUUCAAUUGCACUGUCAGCUUUAAGAGAACCUUUAGAGGGUUGGUUGGACGCAUCACAAGCACUAACGCAAACAAUUGUAAGAAUAGGAUUAGGUAUUAUUCGUGUGAUAUGUGUAAAAAGAAACGAAAAUAUGGAAACAGUACCUAUUGAUUUUGCUUGUAAUUGUUUAAUUGCUUCUGCAUGGGAAGCGGCAUCUAAUAAUAAUAAUAAGCAAGAUUUGCGGGUAUAUAACUAUGUUUCCGGUACAGAUAAUCCAGUGUCUUGGGGCUAUUUACAAAACUAUUUGCAAAGAGAGAGAUAUAAAUUAGCAAUUACGAAAACAAUUUACUAUCCUGAUGCUAUGAUUAUUGAAUCAUUGCGUUUAUUCUUCCUUCUACAUUACAUUUUACAUUUUAUUCCAGCUGUUUUAGGAGAUGCCUUUUUAAGAAUAUUAAGAAGAAAACCAAUGUUUUACAAAUUAUUUAAGAAAGGUAGUAAACUGGUAUUAGUAAUAAGAUUUUUCACUAAUGGAAAAUGGUUAUUUGACACGGAAAAUGUCAAAUCAUUAUGGAGAAAACUUUCAGAGACUGAUAAGAAAUUAUUUAAUUUUGAUAUAACUUCUUUUACUUGGGAUGAAAUGCUCACAGUUCAUUGUUAUGGGAGUAAAAAAUAUCUUUUGAAAAUAGAUAUGAGUGCAGAAGAACAAGAACGAGCUGUUCGUAAAGCAAAAAAAUUAUUCUAUAUUCAUCAAGUGGUCCGAGCGAUAUUUUAUGUUUUCGUUUUGUGGUUCUUUUCGAAAAUUUACUGUCUAUUAUUUAAAUAAAUUAUAAUUAUUUAUAUUUAAACUAUAUUUCAAAUAAAUACAUAUAGCAGUAAUUUUGUAAAAUUAAUUGCUAUAAUAAUAAAUAUAUGAAAUAGUUAAUGGUAUAAAUAAAUUCAUAAAAUUUUGCACAUUAA